CGGUACAUGUUCACUUCGUCGUGGUCCACGUGUGCUCGCUUUUUAGCCGGCUUCUUUUCGAUAUAUUUCAGCCUCGAGCCGUCUCUCUGUGCUCGGUUACCUCGGGGGAAUUCGCGGUUCGUCGAUCCCUCGAACGAGUUCUCCGCUUCUUUUUCUCUUCCGACAUGAGCCCCCCUCGUGAUCCACCUUCGAUCGAUCCUCUUUGACUUUCGGGACUUUUCGAACACCGAUGAAUCUUUCAUCGAUCCCCGUUAUGCUCCAAACUUUCCCUAUUUCGCUAACAUCUUUCUCCGUAUCGAGUGCGUGAGUGUUUGGAUCUUGAGUGCUCGGCAUUUUUGUUGCUAACCCUUUUUGGAACUGUCUAUGGAUUUCUUUGAACUAGCAUGAUCCAUCAUCGUACUUGCAUGAAAUUAAACAGUGGCGAUUAGUGCGAGUACUUUUAAACAUUCGGUGUACAAGGCAUUACAGAUCCUUAAGAUGAUUAAUUGCUUUUAGUUCAGUGAAACUUCAUUGAUCCUUUAUCGAAUGAGAAUCACUGGUUUCGGCUGGAGCCACAAUUGUGAACGAAAGGUUCAAACUCCUUUGGACCUCUACUGACUCUAUUUGAAUUUCUAUCAAGUUCUUAACAAUUUCGACAGGUUGUUAACAUUUUGUCCAUUCAUCGAGCUGAAUUUUUGGAUUCAGUGAAUACUUGUGACGUAUAUGAAAUAUAUUUGGAUCUUGACAAAAGCUUAACAGAAGUUUUAUGAAAGUUGAUCUUCAAAGUUCAUCAAGGUGAAUUUAAAGUGAUAGUAUGAAACUUCUUUGAACCUGCAUUUCAUUCACAAAAAUAUCAGAGGACUCUUAAUCAAGUUUGUUUCAUUGAAGUGAAUGCGAAAUGUUGGAAACAGUUGUGACUCCACAUCGAAUUGUCUGAAACCAUUUCAAACUGUCUAUAUAACUUCCCAAUUUAUAUGGUUAGUGAAAUAAAACAAGGUGUUGGGGAUAGUUGUGACUUCAAGUUGUACCUACUUGUGCUAAAAAAUUUCUUAGUUCUUAGCUAAAUUCAUGUUUGUUUAUCAAGGUACAAACAAUAGUUGUGACUCUAUACAGUUCUACUCUAGAACUUCACCAGACCUGUAUAAAAUUUUAAUUCAUACAAAAUUGUUAUUUAAUUCCUAGGUCCAUCAUGACCACAUUAGUAUACUGGAAACAGUUGUGACUUUGUAUAAAACUUUCAUCAAGUUUUAUAGUUUCAUUCACAAAAGUUUUGUAAUCAAUACCUAGGUUCAUUCAGAUAACUUUGAAGUGCUAAAAAUAAUUAUAAUUUCAUAUGAAUCUUUCUUGAACCUAUCUUUUCGAUCUUUCAAUUUGUCCUUUCAACAUUUAAUUCGCAAUAAUACGAUAAACGGACCAAUUGAAUUCCAAACUAUUUUAUCAAGGUGAAUCUAAAGUGCUGAAAUCAGUUGUAAUUUCGUACAAAAUUAUUAUAGCUUGAUUUGCAAAUAUUUAGAUCCAUUAAGAUUAAUCGAAAGUGCUGAAGAUAAUUAUCAGUAUUUGCGGUUUUUAUAAAAACUUCAUAGAUGGAUGUUUCUUAAUCAAUAGGUCCAUCAAGGUUAACCCAAAGUGCUAAAGUCAAUUGCGAAACCAUAAAAAUCUUCCUUAGAUCUAUACUGAAUAUCUAAUUCACAAUUAUAUAGUAAACAUUUCAAUCAGAUUCAAAACUUGCUUAUCAAGAUGUAUCCAAAGUGCUGAAGACAGUUGAGUGGUCAUUAAACCUUAUUAAGUCUUCGUAAAAACUUCAUUUACAAAAGUUGAUUCGUCGAGAUAUAUUCAAAGUGACACUUGUGACUCUAUAACAAAUUUACUGAAAUUUUAUUACAAACUUCAUUCACAAAAGCUUGUUAAUCAGUACCAAGAUUUGUCAAAUUACAUCCAACUGUUGGAAACAGUUAUGACUCCAUAUCACUCUUCUUUAAAUCUUCAUAAAAACUUCAUUCACAAAAUCUUUUUCAUCAGUACCUGAUUUCUUCAAGAUAUACCAAGAAUGCUGAAGACAGUUAUAACUUCAUAUCAAACCUUCUCAAAUUUUUAUAAAAACUGUAACAAAAGCUUGUGAAUUAAUACUUAGAUUUAUCGAGAAACAUCCGAAGUGCUGAAAACAUGUAACUCCACAUCAAACUUCCUCAACCUUCCAUAAAAACUUCAUUCACAAAAAUAUAUUAAUAGAUUCGUUAAAACACGUCUAAAGUGCUAAAGACAGUUGUGACUCAAUGUAAACCUUUCUUGAAGUUCUAUAAACCUCAUUGAAAAUUUCUUGAUAUCUAAAUCCACCAAGACCAUUUCUAAGACAAUUGCGAUAAAACAUCGUCUAAUAUCUUGAUAAAAGCUUCAUUCAAUUGCUCAUCAAAGUGAACUCAUCAAACUGCGCAUCAACAUUUCUUGAACUUCUAUAAACACCUCAUUGAAAAUUGUUUAAUACCUAAAUUCACCAAGAUCAUUCCUAAGUGCUGAAAAAGUGCAACAAAACAUUACCAAAACCUCGAUAAAAGCUUCAUUCAAUCGAUUAUCAAAGUGAACUCAUCAAACUACACAUCAAAAGUGGCAAAGAAAGUUGUGACUCGAGGUAAACCUUUCUUGAACUUCUAUAAACACGUCGUUGAAAAUUGUUUAAUAUCUAAAUUCAUCAAGAUCAUUCCUAAGUGCUGAAAAUAAUUGCAACAAAACAUUGUCAAAACCUUAAUAAAAGCUUCAUUCAAUCGUUCCUCAAAGUGAGCCCAUCAAAGUGAGGCCAAAGUGCAAAAUGCAACCGCAACUUUCUAAAAAAACGGUAUAAACCUUGUGGCCAAGCUAUUCGCAGAGGUAUCACAGUAUUCUAGUCAGUUGCCGCGUUCAGUUGUGUGACCGCAAAGUGUUCCGCAGACGUUUCCCAUCGGAUGACAUCGUGAUGAUAGAGGCACAAAGCCCGGAGGCAGUGCUUCCUCUGAGCAUGGGGUAGAAAUGUACCCCGGAAGGUCAAUCUGGACCCGGGGCGUCCUGGCCCUCGGAGUAGGGGCCCUAUUUCUGCUGGGAUGGCGUAUUAACUCGCCUGGCGACGCGUCGUCUGCCUCCGCGUCGGAGUGGAUCAGCUCGUCGAAGAUCGAUUCGAGCAGGAACUAUUUCAGCGUGGUUGUCGCGUCGUCUCGAUCUCCUCGGAGCCGGGACGAGGACAGGAAAAAAGAGGAUUCUCCGAGGCAGGAUCGACCAGUCGGAGGGGAUUAUUCAACGAGCGAGGAAGAGAACCGAGCCAAUCGGGAUGCCGAACUUGACGUGGAACACGGGACCAGUUAUUCGGCAGAAAGAUCGCUUCCGUUCUCGACAGAUUAUCACGGAUCGACGACGAGUCCUGUGACAGCUGUUUCGUCCUCGCUGGAUCCAGCGAGCGAUUACGAAACUCUCGCGGACGAGCAAACUGGCCAGUCGAGAACGGAUGAUGAUAAUCGAUUUUCGAAGGAUCGCGGUGCGUUCAAUGGCUCGGCCGUUGGUGAAAGGAGCCACGCAAACGAGAAUUCGAGGCAAGUGAAUGGAGACUUCAUGAAUGAAGUUGUGGACGAUUUCGAACGAAGUUACUACUUCGCACCGACCGAAAAUGACAACGAGGAGCAAGCUUCCUCCGUAGAAACGCGAGAUGUUCAACCAGACGGGGAGAACGAAAUUGCCGGCGAUUUCCAUAACUCUGCGAGGGAACGGAGAUCCACGGAGGAACGGAUCUCCGGAUCGCUCGAAUACCCCGAAGCGUUAACCACGCGGCGUUUCACGAGAACGCACGAGGACCGAGCUCCUUUUUUUCGAGAUCGAUCAGCUCGGUCUUCCGCAAAGACGCUCGGCAAAGGUCGAUCCUCGGAACGGAAGAUACUUGGAGGUGCAAGGUCUGGAAAUCGUUCGCCUCGGGCUGUUUCUGAGGAUUUUCGUGCGAUACGUAACCAACGAAUUCAAGGUUACGAAGCUGUUCAUUAUGGAGAUUCCAAAGGUGAAUCGUUGUUUGAGAAUGUGGAACUCGGUGAAGGAAAUUCAGAAACGAGUGCGAUGCAGGAGAUAAAUGAUGACUCGAGUGAAAGUGAUGGAAGUUCAGCUGCGUUAUUGUUCGAAUACGGUGGUACUUUGAAAAAUUCAGAACAGAAUGUGGAGAAGCGUGACGAAGAUUACUCAAAACGUUCUUCGCUGUUCUUCAAAAAUGAAGAAUCUUUGAAAAAUACGGAAAUGAAUGUGGAGUUGGAAGAUGACUCGAGUGAAAGUGAAAACUCAGCUUCGUUAUUAGCCAAAAAUACUGAAGAACUUUUCAAGAACACAGAAACGAAUGAUAGAACAAUAGACUUACAAAUUGAAGACUCUCCAAAAGAAGACUCUCCAAAUUUAUCUUCAUUUCCUGAAAAUAUCGAAAGAACCUCAAAAGUUUCAGACAUAAUAAAAAACGUAGAAAAUGAAGAUUAUACAAGUGAAAGUGAAAGAAACUCAGUUUCGUUUCUUUUGGGGAAUGAAAAUUCUGAAACGGCGAAGUUAAAAAAUGGAGAUUAUAGUGAGAGUGAAAAAGAUGCAGCGUCGCUAAUUUUGGAAGAUGCAGAAACGUUAAAAAAUUCUGAUAGAAAAGUGCAAUUGAUGAAUGGAAGAUUAUCAUCGUUGUUUGGAGAAGAUAAUUCGCAGCGUGGGAAAGAUAGUGUUCGUCGAAAGCGAUACACGAAUUACUAUUCGCCACAGUCUGUCACCCCAAUGGCGUAUGUGCAUAUACAACCCGCGUAUCCGGUAGCAACACCUCCACCCGCGAACAGGAAGUGCGUACGAUGUAUGGUUGUUUACAAACCGUGUCCUUCGAUGCCGAGGCAACAUCCACGAGUCAUUCUUCCGACGUACAAGUACCAGGAACCGGCUUCGAAGUGGCAUGGACUCAAAUAUGGAUGUCGAUGUAAUAACAUCGGUUCAAUAACUACUGCCUGCGAUAUCGUGACUGGACAAUGUCAGUGUAGACCUCAUGUAACUGGCAGACAAUGUGAUCGCUGUAUGGUCGGUUAUUGGGGUCUGACAACAGGAGCAGGAUGUGCUCCUUGCGGAUGCGAUCCCAUAGGAUCGCAUAACUCUUCUUGCCACGAUAUUACAGGUCAAUGUUACUGCAAACCAGGGGUCGGUGGUGCACGUUGCGACAACUGUUUGCCUGGUUACUACGGAUUUUCCUCGAAGGGAUGCCAAGUUUGCGAUCCCUGCUUGCGACCAGGUCACAUAUGUGACCCCGAUACGGGUCGUUGCAUAUGUCCAAUGUUGACCUUUGGUGAACAUUGCGACAGAUGUCGACCAGGUUCCUGGGACCUGGUUCCAGGAGUUGGGUGCAGACUCUGUGACUGCACCUUGGGUUCCACAAGAUCCCACUGCGACCAUCAAGGACAGUGUCCUUGUAGAAUAGGCUACGAUGGUCGUAGAUGCGAGAAAUGUGCGAAAGGGUAUUACGGUUAUCCGAGGUGUCGGCCUUGCGGCUGCAAUGUGGCGGGUACCUUGCAGUGUGACAACGAAGUCUGUGACUGCAACGAUGAUGGACAGUGUCCUUGUAAAGAACACGUGUAUGGAAGACAAUGCAAUCAAUGUAAAGAGGGUACGUUUGGUCUGGCAGUGGAUACUCCGAAGGGUUGUACCGAGUGUUUCUGCUUUGGAAGAACCACUUCCUGUCAGCAAGCUGGUCUUAGCUGGGGUCAACGCAGAUUAACACAUCCUCGUACACUUUAUGUUAAUGACACAAUCAAUGAUAUAAUAAUUUCAAAAUUUAGAUCUCAAGUUUGUUUAUCUGCCGUUAAUGGGGGUUUAAACGUGACGAAUGGCUUGGCAACGAUUCCUGACGUCGAUGGUGAUGUCACAAUACCAUCGAAUUUAUAUUAUAAUUAUCCACUUUACUGGAUGCUUCCUGAACAAUUUUUGGGUGACAAGGUCAUUUCCUAUGGAGGAUUCUUGAGGUUUACAACUUCUACAGAAGGUGGUAUACCUUUGAGAUCAACUCUGCAGUAUCCGGUGGUACAAUUGCAAGGAAAUUAUAGAAUUGUCUUGGAAUAUUAUCUACCUUUGCCUGUCAAAACCAAUCAUUACGAAGUCAGAUUUCACGAGUCCUUAUGGCAAUUACAAAAUAGACCUGAUUACAAAGUCACGCGGGAGGUUCUUAUGGUCGCUUUGCAAAAUUUGCAAUACAUUCUCGUGAAAGCUUCUGACAAUGCUGAGUUUACAAGAACAACUUUACUCGAAGCGACCUUAGACGCAGCGGUUCUAGCACCCACACACACACCACCUCUCGCAACGGGGAUAGAAAUCUGCAAGUGUCCUGCAGAAUACAACAGCACAUCCUGUCAGGAUCCAAGUAUCGGCUACUAUAGGUGGUACAAGAACACAACCGUUACAUCGACCAUCGUUAUCGAUCUCGUCGGUGAAGCAAGACGGUGUCAAUGCAACGGAAGAUCCGAGAUCUGUGAUAGAGAAACAGGACACUGUUUGAAUUGUCGUGGAAACACCGCAGGACCAAGGUGUGAUGUCUGCGCAGACAGUUUUUACGGCCAUCCAGAUUUUGGUUGCAAACCUUGCCCUUGUCCUCAAACGGAUAAAAGAUUUUCGAAUACUUGCAUGGUCCUCGCCAAUACGGAAGCAAUUUGCGUCUGUAAACCUGGCUACACCGGCAGAAGAUGCGAGCAAUGCUCACCUGGAUAUUACGGUCUUCCACACCUUCCUGAUGGCAAAUGUAUGCCAUGUAAUUGUAAUUCCGCUGGAAGCUUAAGUGACGAGUGCGACAUGGAAACGGGACAAUGCAGAUGUAGAGCUGGAUCUACCGGGCGAGACUGUUCUGAAUGUACCGCCUAUCGCCACGUUUAUAUCAACAAUGUCUGCACAUCAUGUAAUGAUAAUUGUACGGGUAUAUUACUCGACACCUUGGAACUACUUUCGCAAGAACUGGCGGAUGGCACAUCUCACAUAGCGGACGGCUACAUUCCUCCUCCAUGGGAAGAUCUAUCGUACAUCGAUUCGAAUACAACCGCGUUUUUGGAAGAAAUCGAUAUGCAAAAUAAAUUGAAGCAAAGAAUGAAAAAUGUUCCCUGGAACGAAUAUCGGAUACUUAAAAAAUACGCUGAAACGUUGCUCAAAUCAGCGAAUGAAUAUAUAAAAUUUGGAGUCACUAUGAAGUCAAAAAGCAACGACUUAAAAAACAAUAUAUUUAGUGCGAAUAUCGAAAUGGACAAUUUGAAAAAAUAUAUUGACGAUACAAUGUUGUUGCUAACUCAGUACAACAACGACAACAAGAGAAUAGAAAUAAAGAAAGCCUUAAAAAUGGCAAAAAUGCUUUUAAACGGCAUCAAAAGCGUGAACUUGACGAAAAAAACCAUGGAGAUAGAAAACUUUCUCGAGGAAGUCGCGGAUUAUACUGACUGGCUGAAUUCGUUGUACGAUGCGACGGAGCCAUUGGCAAUGGCGCAAGAAGAAGCAGAAAAUUAUUCGAUGAAAUUAAACGACACGCGAAGUAUCAUAGAACAAACCAUGGAAACGUUGUUCACGUACGAUGGUUUAUAUAAUAACAUUAAUCAAACACUUUUGGAAGCUAGAAAUCAUUGCGGUGAGAUCGAUAUGUUGCGAAAUGAAGUGAAUGAAUCUAUCAAUGAGGGGCAAAAAUUGACGGACGAAACGCGUGGUUUCAUCAUUGAUAUUCAAAACAAUAUUCAGGAUCUUCCAGAAUUGAAAAAUAAACUGACGUACUGGUUCGAUAAACUGAACAUGAAAGAAGGAUUGUUAUAUCGAUUAAAUCAUGAAUAUGAGGAUAAAUAUGUGGUGCCAGCAGUCGAACACGCAAAAAAUUUGUCGAAUUAUGUUGAUCAGUAUGUCAGUCUGUUUUCCGAGACAAGAAAUAUCGCAGCUAGCCCCCUGAAAGCCAGUCAAGCGUACAAGAAUAUCGUCGAUAGCAUAAGAACUGCAAAUAUCACAGCAAAGGCAGCUAAAGAUAUUGUUGAUGACACUUAUAACAAGGCAUUUCCUGAUGGACCCGACUCAAACUCGCUUUUGGACGAAAGUAAAAAAAUAUCGUUGGCUUCGUCCACACAAUGGGAUAGUGCGAAAAGUCAUGGAAAAAUUGUACAGAACGCUAGCGAUCAGCUAGAUUUGCAGAAACAAGCUGUAAAUGCUCUGAAAAGCACUUUGAAUAACACUGGAGUCAGGGAUAAUCAGGUGAAUGUAAAGCUACAGAUCUUGCAAAAAGAUAGCGAAAAACUGCGUGAAAAUAUUCAGAAUAUACUAGACGAUAACGAGGAAGUACUAGAAACGAUUAUAGAUAACCAAAAAUUAAUCGACGAUUACAAAGAAGGAAUUACUAAUACACUGAAACCAAAAUUGUAUGAAUUGAAAAGAGAGGGUGAUUCAAAGAUCAGUUUAGCCAGUGAAAAACUAACCGAGGCAUUAAGCAACAUAAAGAAGGCGGACGCGAAAUUAACAAGUUUAUCUAAUGCUUCUGUUAAAAGAAAAAACGCAUUCGACAAAUGGAACGAUACUUUAGCCACAAAAUUACAAAACUUGAAAGAUAAAAUUGCAGAAGCCAGAAACACCGCAGAUGGAAUUAGGGUGUCAUUGAGAUCAGCCGAAGGAAAAGAAUGCAUUCGAUCUUACAGACCGUCUACGUUGCAACCAUCAUCGACAAAUACAAUUGUGAUGACGUUUGUCCUUCCAAGAGGAAAGAAAGAAGGUCCCUUGUUUUAUCUACCGAGUAGCAUAAAUGAUGAUUUCAUUGCUUUGGAGAUCAUUAAUAGAAGAGUAAGGUUCGUGUGGAAUGUUGGAGGCGGUACAGGAGUCGUUGUUCAUCCUGAAAUAAUUGAAAGCGGUGAUCUUCGCGAGGAUAAAUUUUGGUACCGCAUUGAAGCUGAGAGAGUGCGUCACCUAGGCAAACUAUAUGUACGGAAACAAGCAUCAAGGUCCGAAAAAUAUUCCCCCGUGAUGAAUUCAACGAAUUUCGAAUAUGGUCGUUUCGACAUCUCCAUGUCAGAUCGUGUUUGGAUAGGUGGAAUUCCAAGAUCUCAACGAAGAAGACCAGAACUUCUUGCGAAUAAUGGCCUCCCAGCUUGCGUGCACCAAGUAAUUCUAGACGGGAAACCCAUAGGUCUCUGGAAUUUUAUCACAACUGCACCAGAUAUGGCUUGCCAAGCCUGUGUAGAAGGGGUGGAAGAUGUCAGGGAUGACAUGUACAGUUUCAACGGAGAAGGAUAUGCUGUUAAAAACAGGGUCUCUUCAGGACCAUACAACAAAUAUACCUUUGAACUAUCUUUCAAUUUCCGAACUUAUGACGAAAACGCCCUACUGUUUCUAGCUAUAAAUCCAAACAACAACCAACACAUCAUGAUCUUCCUUCAAGAAGGAAAAGUAGUUCUACAUAUUGGUUACGGUAGCAAUGUAAGCAUGGUGAUGUCUUCGAAAUCCAAGUAUAACACCGGAAAUUGGACAAAAGUGACCGCGACUAGACAGUACCAGCUUCGUAAGAACAUCGAGAAGUGUAGUUUGAACGUUGCAAAUGACGCGUACAACAAGAUCGUUGUACCUACACCUCAGCCCAAAAAAGAAGACAUUCCUGACUUGCUUCAGGCUAAAUAUUACUUCGGAGGUGUCCCACCGAGUUUUCGGGCUGAGAAACUUAUGUUACCUUCGCAAGUUUCAUUUCUUGGGUGCAUGUCUGAUAUUAGGGUUGGACAGGAAGGCUAUAAUCCUAUGGAUGAACAGUUUUAUGGCGUUGAACCUACUUGUGCAAACAAACCAUUGAAAAUAGUUGGAUUCUAUGGAAAUGGUUAUUUGGAGCAUUCGUCUUACACGCUUCGUAAAAUAAAUUCCACGGUGAGCUUCUCUUUUAGAACAAUGCAAUCAGAGGCUGCACUUCUGCUGUCAACGUUCGAAGGACAAGAAGAGCGGAUAAAUAACAUACGACAUGGAAACGAAGAAGUCACUAGAGACAAUUAUUAUUCAGUUUGCAUAAUAAACGGACAAGUACAGGUACGCUUGAACGCCGGAAGUGGAGAGUUAAUUUUACAAUCGAACGAUACUUUUAACGAUGGAAGGUAUCAUUCGGUAACAAUAAUUAAAAAACGGAAAGACGUCGAGUUGCGAAUAGACGAUGCUUAUCAAAGCGCAGGAAGACUACCAAGAAGCGCCGCCAUUAAGGCUCCUGAAGGAAGUGGAGGACUUUUCUUCGGAGGACUGCCAAUACUCAUCAAUAACACCAAAAUGAUUUCUACCACUACUCCUUUGUACGGUGCAAUCAAAGACGCGAUAUUUAACGAGGAAAUCAUUCGAUUUAACGAAGUCGUGAGUUUCGACCAUGCGUUGAUUGGUCGUCCUGGACCAAGCAUGGGAAAAGAUCCUCCUACUUACACACCAUCAGCAUCUUUAUCCAGAGGACUAUCCACUCAACCGGAAGGUUGUCAGAAAGUUCCAUAUUACUCGCUGGAACCUGGUGCUCUGAAAUUCGGAGACAAACCAAACAGUCACACUCAGCUUUAUCUAAAUUUUAAAACAUUCUGGAAGAAGAAAUAUGCGAUCGAGUUCGAUUUCCGAACGUAUUAUCCGAAUGGACUCUUGUUCAUCACUCCAAGUAAUAAACCGAAACACUACCUCAUGGUCGUAAUACGAGACGGUCAGCUUCUGCUUUUGGUGAAGAGCAAGCAGAAGAAAGAAAUCUUAUUCAAAACGCCGUUCAAUGACGGCAAUUGGCAUCAUGUCGUGAUCAGUCACAAUGAAAGGAAACUAACGUUACUGGUGGAUGCGCAAACACCCCGAACCAUCAAAGUACCGAGAAAAAUUGGAUUAGAGACUAUGAUGUACAUUGGAGGACUUCCCGAAAGCGGAACAGCGAUACCUGAACAAGUUGUGGUUAAAUUAGAGACCUUGAAAGGAUGCAUUAGAGGUUUGAAGGUCAAUGGAAACGUAUACGACAUGGUUGGUUCCACAAGCAGGGCUUAUCAUGUGGGACAAUGUUUCCCGAACGUUGAAAGCGGGGCUUACUUCCAGGAUGAAGCAUAUGCCAUAUAUAAAAGAAACUUCGAACUGGGUGCCGUGCUAGAACUUCAAUUAGAAUUCAGAACGUCAGAGUUAUCGGGUGUGUUGCUUUCAAUUACAGCGCCCGGUAAUUCACCCUCAUUAUCAUUGGAACUGAACAAUGGUAAAGUGAUCAUGUCAGGCGAUCUGGGAGACAACAAUCCGUUGUAUGUAGAGCAACGUUUCACUAGUCCAUACACGAUCUGUGACAAUCGAUGGCACAGAAUACAAGCGGUUUAUAAUGAUGAAGAGUUGGCACUGAAAGUUGACGAAAUGGACCAAAAGUAUGGCCUUCCAACUAACGUCAAUUACCAUAUAAUGGACUCUAAAGUCUCUGGACCCCUUUACAUUGGUGGCUUGCCAGCCUCCGCUCCAAAAGGAACACUGAUAACAAGGGAUCACUUCAAUGGAUGCAUAAGAAAUGUAAUGAUAGGGGGAGAGAGAAGAGAUUGGACAGACAUGGACGAAUUGCAUAAUAUUCACCUGAGCUCCUGCCCAGUACAAUGAUAAUCAGUACAACGUGUGAACUCCUCCGAGUUGUUCAAUUUAGUUCCAAAGACUGUUCAAAGGACGCACAAUACUCGAAACGUUUUUCAUGAAGUGUGUUCAAUACAAUUUCACACCAGGAUCAAGUGCCAUAUCGUGAUGGGAAAUUUGUAAUUGUUAAGAAAUAAUAUAAAACCAAGCCAAAAGAUGCUAACAUGCAAAGUUAUUUACAUCAAUGUUUCUCAAACUUGUUUCUUUAUUGCUGCAAAAAUUGUGAAUAUAAAAAAUUACUAAAAAUUUUGUUUCUGUUAUAUAUAAAAAGAAAUCAAGUUAAAUAUUUACAAUUUGUAUAAAGUAAUAACUUCUUAUUUAUGUGAUUAUUUAUAUUUUGAAAAUAGUAAAAACUGUAAAGUAUAAAUUUAUAUUAUUUCUGUUUUUCUAUUGCAGCAAAUUAAUUGAUCUUAAUUUAAUUAGUAGAUUUCUAUCCAUCACAGUAUUUCAAAGUUGGAAAAUGUUCGUACAUACCAUUAAGAAGCAAUAAUAAAGUACAAACAAUUCGUUGCACUUCAUAUUGCCAUUCCAAUAGGUAUUUUAAUGAUAAUAUUUAUGACAAUAUUCUGGAAGUAUGCUAAUAAACGAAAAAUAUCAUUCUCACACACGCACACACCUACACACAUACGUCACUGUGACUUUCAUCAGAAAUGAAAUUCAAAAUUGUCGUAAUGCUUUAUAAAAUAAAUAUGCAAAUAAAAUUAUUAAAAAACAAUGUUGCAAGGCAUAGUUUGAGAAACGAAUUUACAAAAGCAUUCAACAAAUUAUGGCACAAAUUCGCACCGAGUUGUAUCCGUAGAACCGCUAUAAAAAAAGCAAAUAUCACGACAUAUCUGUAAGUAGCAAGAUCACUGCCAUAUAGUUUAAUUGUAACUCAUUUGUAAGUCACAAAGCAAUUGUACAUCAGUAUUUAAAGCUAUUUAUUAUUACUUAUGUAAGCGCAACCGACGAUUUUGAUCGAGCACACAGCCAUGGGAUAAUGUGCUCGAUCGAAAUCGUAUUUUAAAAAAGAAAAGGAAAUAAGGUGAAACGAGACGAGAAAAUAUUUUGUACUUUUCUAGCGAUAGUAAAAAUAUCGAGUGUUUUAAUAUAUUUAAGGCGAUUACAGGGCCGGCAUGAUUGGGUUCCCCUAAACUUGACACCAUGUUUUAAAAGAUCCAUGAAAAAUUUGUCAUAAAUUUUUCAGGACUUCAGUAUGGGUACUUAAUUUACAAACGUUUUGGGCUUUAAAACGUUUGAAGGUCGGAGUCAUUAAAGUUUGAAAUGUUCAGAGAUUCACUGCCAGCUAAAUAAAUAGAUGAAAUGGGCAAUAACUUAAGGCACGGGUGGCAAAUCUUUUUAUGUACGUUAUAUAAAAUUACAAAUGAACAGUUUUUAAAUUAAUAGAAAAAUAAUUAUUGUAAAAUUGUAUUGAAAUGAUUUUAAAAAUUAAUAUAGAACUUCGUAAACAUGAAGUCAUAACUUGCUGUAUAUGUUAUGAUAUCAAAUUGAUACAAAUUGGUAUCAAUUAUCUAUUAAUUAGGUUUUUGUUGUUUUACAUUGGAUAUUUUGUCAUUUUUAAUAAUACAUGCCCAACUAAAUUCAUUAUUCGCUUAUCAAAAACAUUUUCUGGUUAAUUAAUGAAACGUGUCAACUCUUGCAAAGUUGCGUAUAUGGUUACUAAACUACUGUGCAUCACAAAUUUGAAGCUUUUUGAAUUUUAAUCAUUCCAAUCUGCAAACAUGUUCCAAUCUUGAAUCCGCGCAACAAACGUAUUAAACUUGAAAUGUACAUGCAAUAUGUUUCAUUUGACUCUGUAUAAUUUGAUAAGGUGGUUCCAGAAGUGUUCACGCCGGCCCUGGGCAAUAAAGAAGGAGAAGUCAUAUCCAACGCCCUGUAAAGUGUCCUUAACAAAUUAAGCGAUACGUCGUGUUAGGGAGAGACCAAGUUCUGCACAGGAAUAUUUUAAUAUUUAUAUCUAGUAUUUUUUUCUUCUUAUUCGUUGAAUUGUAAUAUAUUAUACAUAUGCAGAAAAAUUAACAAUGACGCCUCCGCUAUUGUGUAUAAAAUAUAUAACAAUGAGAAAGUAUGGUCAUCUAAUUCACCCUCUUCUGUACUCCAAAAGUUAUUAUAUAUAUACAUUUACAUUACACAACCAAUUAAGACAAAGAAGACACACUUAGUUCCAUAUAUAUAUUAUAUAUAAUAUUAUUAUUCGCAAAAGAAUAAAAGUCUAUUGCAAAGUGGGUUAUUAAAUUUUAUUGAUGACAUAUUCGCUGCAAGAUCGCUAACAGUAAAAUAUGACCCAAAUUUUACUUGACGUACUCAAUAAAUAUAUGUAUCAUCGAGUAGUAGUUUCAUUUAUGCAUAUAUAAAAACAUAAUAUUUACAGACAUGGAUAAAUCGAACAAGUGUACGAUUCGAUAAAGUUUUUCCAGUUUUUUUCUUUUUUCAUAUACUUCAUCUUUCCUCGUGACAAUAAAAAUCAAGGAUUAUUACGUAAAUGUAAUUGUUUAUUAUUAGUAAGCGCGAUUAUUUAUAUAUGUAUAUCCCGUUUUUUUCGUAAUUAUCUCUGCGUUUCAAUUUUCGUUUCGUUUAUUUUUCACGCCGGUUACCAACAGCUCACUAAUAAUAUUUCUCUGCUUCGAAAAAUAUAAAUAUCAAGCACAAGCGCCGAUUACUUCAUCCUUUCAGCUACAAUUGUUAUGUAUCCCUUUCUUUGUUUCGAACCUUCUAUUAUUUGUAACUUUCUUAUAAUAUUUCAAAUCCCUUUCAUUCGCAAGCCGAUUUUCUGGUUGAUUCUUAAGAUUAGUGACUACUAUAUAAAUAUCGUUUAUCAUAAUCUUCAUUCAUCGUUCGUUUAUAGUUGUCAUCGUAGACUUUGCCUACGACUUUCGCCUCCACUCUUUACAACUUCAUCUUAUGGCGUUUAAUUUACUUUUACUCGUGUUCAAUAUUGUCAGGUCGGACUAUUUUCGGAGUCUGAAGCUCGCAAACGUUUUUCUCUUCUAUUCAUUUUUUUUUACGACAGUACGUAAAUAGAUUUA